UACACCAUACACGUUUACUGCAGGGACUUUACUUCACAACUUUGAUGUGAGGCUCACGAAUGGAUUUCAAGCUGAAUUGAAGCAGAACGAUCUGUGGUGAACAUGAAGGUCCUUAAAAACAUUCCAUUAAUACUCAUUGUGACAUAUUUUAGCCUGAGUGAAGGUCUACAGAGAGCACCAAGAAUCACAACAUUGCUUGAGACAGUAGAUUCACCUCUGGAUCAUAAUGCGACGUUUAUCUGUGAGGUUGAUUCAUACCCCCAAGCUGAUAUUACAUGGACACGUAACAAUUAUCCAAUUCGGUAUUAUGAUUCCCGUUAUGUUAUACGAGAAAAUGGCCAAAUGCUGAUCAUUCCCAAUGUGAAGGAUUCAGAUAAUGGAGAAUACUGCUGCACUGCAAACAAUGGGGUUGGAGAACCAGCCAAGAGCUGUGGAGCUUUACAACUGAAGAUGAAGCCUCAAAUUAAAAGGCAUCCGACAAAUGUGACGUGUCUUCUGGAGUCAAAGGCUGUUUUGCCAUGUGUAGCGUUAGGAUAUCCCAAACCAGAAAUCACCUGGAUUAAAGAUGAGGAUUUGAUAAAGGUUAAUAGUCGCAUAUCAGUGUUAGAUUAUGGUGCACUAAAAAUUAAUAACAUCAAAAAAGAAGAUGCUGGGCAGUAUCGCUGUGUAGCCAGGAAUAGUUUUGGGAUUGCAUAUUCCAGACCAGUUACCCUUGAAGUACAAGCUCCUGCCAAAAUACUAAAAGUUCCCAAAGAGAAGAAAGUUCAGAUUGGAUCAGAAGUUGCAUUAGAGUGUAACGCCACUGGCAACCCAAUCCCAUCAAUAACCUGGCUUGAAAAUGGCAAUACGAUUUCUGAAGCAUCAGUGGACGAGAUUAUUGUAGAGAAUGUCAUAGUGUCCAUUCUGCGUGUAGUGGUACAUAAACCCGCUCUCUACACUUGUCAAGCUACUAACCAGCACAGUGGAGGAAUCAACACAGUCAAAGCCACAGCAAAAGUAACCGUUUCAGAAUGGAGGCUCUACAAAGGCAAUGCAGGUUACUGCAGCACAUACAGAGGCGAUGUGUGUCUGAAUGUGCUCCGUCGAGACGCUCUGGUCUUCUUCAACUACUCUCUGCCGAACCCAGAGGACGCUCAGGAGUAUCUGGCUCAAAGCGCAUGGGGUGAGCUGGAAGGAGUGAGCUCAUUCUGCAGGCCCGCUGUCAAAUCGCUGCUCUGUCAUGCUACCUUCCAGGACUGCAACCCAUCUGGUCUGGGCCCGGCACCCAAACCUGUCUGCAGGGAGCACUGUCUGGCAGUAAAGGAGCUUUACUGUUAUAAAGAGUGGCGUUCUGCUGAGGACAGAUCUCUUCGUGGGUUCCCGCAUAGCUUGAGCAUCACUCUCCCAGAAUGCAGCUCUCUACCCAGUCAGCAAACAGACCCAUCCUCCUGUACAACUGUCCCUUACGUUGAUAUCAAUAAAGAUCAAGUUACAACAACAUGUUACAAGGACAGAGGAAGGUUUUACCAAGGAACUCACAACAUAACUGCAUCCGCAAUCCCCUGCCAGAGAUGGAACAAGCAGGAUCCCCAUCAGCACAGACUGUCAGUGGACGUUAUUCCUGAGUUGCGAAAUGCAGAAAACUACUGCCGUAACCCUGGAGCGGAGAGCGACCGGCCGUGGUGCUACACUGCAAACCCUAACGUACGCUGGGAGUACUGCUUGGUGCCCAAAUGUGGAGAAGUUACCAGUGUGAAGACUGCACCCUCGAUUCCAAAACCCAUCCAGUUCUAUCCGCCCCCUCCUGCGUCCACAGCCUACUCAAUGAGCGUUAUAAUCUUUGUCAUUGGUGGCUUUGCUUUGGUUGCCUUCUUUACCAUCCUCAUCCUCAUGUGUCACAGACGAAAGAAAAUUUGGAAAAAAAGGAAGAGUAGGGUGCUGGACACGCCAACUCUUACCACCCUGCCCUCAGAGCUCCUGCUGGACAGACUUCACCCCAACCCCAUGUAUCAACGGCUGCCUCUCCUUCUCAACUCCAAGCUGCUCACUCUCGAAUAUCCACGCAACAACAUUGAAUACGUCCGUGACAUUGGAGAGGGGGCCUUUGGGAGGGUGUUUCAGGCGAGAGCCCCUGGACUUUUGCCAAUGGAGCCGUUCACCAUGGUAGCAGUAAAGAUGUUGAAGGAGGAAGCCUCGGCCGACAUGCAGAAUGACUUUCAAAGAGAAGCCGCUCUCAUGGCCGAGUUUGAUCACCCCAACAUUGUACGGCUCUUGGGAGUCUGUGCGGUGGGGAAGCCAAUGUGUCUGAUGUUUGAAUACAUGGCCCACGGGGACUUAAACGAAUAUUUACGACAGCGCUCUCCAUCUCAGAAGUCCACUCUGAGUCGGGAUAGCUUGACGUGCAGCAGCCUUGCGUCUGUGCAUGAGCAUUACCCGCCCCUCAGCUGCAUCGAGCAGCUUUCCAUCUCCAAGCAGGUGGCGGCAGGAAUGGCGUACUUGUCGGAACGCAAGUUUGUGCACAGGGACUUAGCCACCCGCAACUGCUUAGUUGGAGAAAACCUAAUUGUGAAAAUUGCCGAUUUUGGUCUCUCGCGCAACAUCUACGCGGCUGAUUACUAUAAAGCUGGUGAAAAUGACGCCAUCCCCAUUCGUUGGAUGCCUCCUGAGUCUAUCUUCUACAACCGGUACACCAGCGAGUCAGAUGUGUGGGCUUAUGGAGUAGUAUUAUGGGAAAUCUUCUCAUAUGGCAUGCAGCCCUACUACGGCAUGGCCCACGAGGAGGUCAUCUACUAUGUGAGGGACGGAAAUGUUCUCGCUUGUCCUGAAAAUUGUCCACAGGAGCUUUACAACCUCAUGCGUCUGUGCUGGAUCGGUCAUCACACCGACCGGCCCAGUUUCGCCAGCAUUCAUCGCAUUCUGGAGAGAAUGCAUGAUCAGAUGAUCAAAUCAGGCCUAUCUUGAGGAAUUCUAAAAAUGCUGUCGAAAAAAAAUCAUUAUUAACCUUAAAUAAUCUUCAAUGUUCAGUAACGAUUAGAAUUCCAAAACAUACCUUAAAGGAUCUUGAAGAGGGAUAAACCAUUUAAAGGAAUUCACAUGAGCCACAGAAGAGUGGGUAACAAAUACACUAGAUCCCAGAGGAACAUUGUGGAAUCUAAAAGAAACCUAAAAUGAUUUUAACACUUUAAGUAAUACUGAUCCCUCAAAGACUUUGAAGUUGCCUGUUUCAUGUCUGCUCAUGGGAUCGCAAUUGUUUUUUUACAGUGUGAGUCAGAUAAACAUCAAAGGUUUCAGGUGAUAUCAGCAGGAUCUAUAGUAAAGAUGGAUCAUGUCUAGUUUUAAGGUGGAAUUAUGUAGACUUUAAAGAAGCUGAAGAGGCAUACUGUAAAAUCUCUUAAAGCAGAGAUGAAGAUUUUGUGCCAUUUGAUCCAUUUUGGGUUUAGUCAAGAGGGAAACAUGUAUUUGAUUAUUGUUUAAUAACAUUCUUAAGAGGCGCACACAUAAUAAGAUGCAAAAUAAUGCUUUUGUUACAUUUUUAUAUGGAAACUAUGGCAUAUUUUAAAACGGCACAUUAUCACUUUAUUGUUUUAUUUUCUAACUUGUUUUAUUUAUUCAUUAACUGCUAAUCCAAUUUUAAGCAUUUAGGCAUUAUUGUUUCUCAUUUAAAUCUGCUGUAAAUAGAAGUAUCCUGACUCUGAAACAAUGUUUCAGAAAAUAUGCUUACAUAAAGAAAUAUUCUCAAACAAUUGACAACACACGUUUCAAAGAUUAUGUCGCAGUGAUUCAGAUUCAGUCGUAAAACUAAUAAUUAUUGGGUUUGAUAUUAAAGGGAUAGUUCACCCAAAAAUAAAAUUCUGUCAUGAUUUACUCUCCUUCGAGUGGUUCCAAAUCUGUAUAAAUAUGUUUGUUCUGAUGAACACAGAGAAAGAUAUUUGGAAGAAUGUUUGUAACCAAACACUUCUUGGACCCCACUCCCACUGACAACCAUAGUAGUUAUAGUUUCAUUUAUAGUAGUAGAAUAGUUUCAUUUUUGGGUGAACUAUCCUUUAAUGCAUAACAUAGUACAAAAAAACAGCAUUUCAGGGGAAUGGUCAUCUUUUAUUUGACCCAUGGAAUUAUUAGCAACUAAUUACUAAACUUAUAUUUUUAGAUGGAAAAAUCUUUAAAAGUGUAUAUAAAAAAUGCCUGAUAUGAUUUGUGUAACAGUUGUGUUGUUUAUAGUAUGUGAUUUUAAUCCACUCUGUUCAGGGUCACAUUAGCC